AUGUUUAAACUAAAUCAUUAUUAUAUUAGUUUAGCAAAAAUUAUUAUUGUUAUUAUUAUAUUAGUUUUAAUUCAACAUAUUCAUAGUAUUUCAAGUGAUCAAGAAUGUGGUGGUCAAUAUGUAGAUGAUCAUGGUGAUAUAGUAACUCCAUUUAGUCCAGUUGGUACCUAUCCGGCUAACUGGGUGUGCAAAUGGAGUAUAAAUGUUAAACAGGGUUAUCGUAUAAAACUAUCAAUCAAUAAACUUGACAGUCAUCCCAAUGAUCGGCUAACCGUCUAUGACGGUGUGUGGGCCAGUGAUCCAGUGUUAGGUGUGUUUAGUGGCGGUGAUGGUCAUCAUCAUCAACAACAACAACACGAGCCGUUCAAUCUUAUAUCGCAUACAAACAGUUUACUACUGGUGUUAACAUCGGGACCGACAUCACUGGGCACUGGAUUUAACAUAACAUAUGAUGCCAUAAAUUAUGAUUUCAGUACUAUCAUCAAUAGUCCCAAUGGAUCAGCUAUAAUAUCACCAAUUAAUCCGGAUAACUUUUACAAUGUAACCUAUUAUUGGACAAUAAAUAUGCCCGACUAUGUCAGUGAUAGUCAAGUGAUAAUAAUAUUCAUAUUUAACUACUAUUUCAAAUUAAUUGGCCAGCAAUGCAAACUUAGUAUUUAUCAAAUGGAUAGUAAUAAUAAUAAUAAUAAAAGCACUUUAAUUGUUGAUUUUGAAGAUACUGAUCAAUUGCCAUCACCUAAAUUGAUCCAGGCUACUACUAAUAAAUUGUUAGUCAAAUAUGAAUCAAAUAUCCAAUGUGAUAAUAAUUAUUUUUAUAUAUCAUUAAAAACUAAAAUGAUGGGUUCUAGAUCACGAUAUUUUAUAUCAGCCACCAAUACUAUCAUAACUAUUGAUGACAAUCAAACCAUUGAAGAUAUUAGCUAUUAUUCAAUGGAUUCUUACAGUAUAAUUGAAUAUUUAAUUGAACGCAAAAUUAAUUUGAAUGUCAAACCAUAUAAUAUGGUCUACGACUGGAUUCAUGGUCUACUGUAUUGGAUUGAUAUACAGUUCCCGGCAAUCAAUGUAAUGACAGUCACUGAUGAUGGUCACACCGCCGAUGGUGGCGACAAUAAUGUCUACACAAUAAUCGAGUUGAACACUGAAAUGGCCCGCGAUUUGCGUCUAAAUCGGCUAAAGUUGACACUCAUAUGGAGUCAAAUCGGUGCCGGCAUCUCGGGUCUCGUACAAUGCCAUUUGGACGGAACAAAUCAGUCAACAGUUUACCGAAGUUCACGUCAAGUGUUUCAUCUGACAAUUGACUAUCAAUGGGAAAGGUAUUACUUUAUUGAUAUUACCGAUCAUUCGCUGCUAUCAAUUGACUUCAACGGUGCCGAUGAAAAACUUUAUAUGACUUCACGAUUCUUAUUACAAUCGAUUCACAAUAUGUUUGUAUUGAACGGCGACCUAUAUCUGGCAAAUGAACGACUAAUAUAUAGGAUACCAGAGCUCGAGUUAGGCAUAGAUAGAGCAGAGAUAUUGUUUUAUACUACCAGUGCUCCAGAAAUGAGCCGUAAAUAUUCUGAAUCUCACUUUUACUACAACAAACCGAUCGAUAUUAAUCGCCAGCGUAUCUAUGACUUCAAAAUUGCUGAUCCCAUACUGGAACCAACAGUUCGCAACCGGUGUAUCGGACAUAAAUGUCCGGCCCGACACUUGUGUGUACCGGUCAGCACUGUCAAACAUGGCUACAGAUGUCUGAGCUCACGUGAUAGUAGUCAACCAGCACUGGCCGUUUCACAGGAAACCGACAACCAAUGCAAACGAGUGGACAUACUAUCAGUAGUCAAUACGUUUGUCAUUGCCGUCAUAACUGUGCUUAUUGUGGGCUUAUAUCUCAGUAUCAAAAAGAUUGUGUUCAACAUAGAGAAGCGUCUGUUCCAAGUGAUAAUACCUACCGAAACAUUUAGAAGGAGUCACCAACAGGCCAUACAUAACUAUGAAAAUAAUCAAACAGUUCCGCUGCACGACUACGAAACCAUUGAUCAGGUCAAACAUCAGGCCAUUUCUGAUAUUUAAUUUAAUAAAAGUGGUUAUUUAUAAAUAUAUAAUUAUUUUCAAAAAAUUAGUAUAACAAUUGAUACAUUAAAAAAACAUAAUAUU